GCCAUGACACAACAUGGACAUUUCUCCGCAAAGGACACCGAUGCGUUGGAGUUUAUCAAAGGGAAAGAUGAUUUCUGAUGUGAGGAAAAAGACGUGGUUUCAUCUGUUCGUGGACUUUGCUGGCAUCGUGGCAUAGACCCUGCCUGUGUGAGUGGCUCUGGAUAUUUGAAACAUCCUCUGGUUGUUCAGCUGGACUGAGACGGAUAUCUGAACGAUGUCGUGCCUUCCUUAAAAAUGGGCCUCGUGAGCUGCAGAGUUCAGUGAUGUUAGCUUUGAGCCGCUACAACUCCUCAGCCUCCCCGCUCCUCCCUCGUUUCUCUAAUGUCAGCGCCGGGAAGGUGGAGGCCAGGGUGGCUGUUGAGGAGCUGUCGCAGCCAGGAAACCUCACCUUGGUGCAGCCCACCACAGGUGGCGUCAUCGUCGUCGUAUUGUCCAUGACACUGGGCAUCAUCUCCAACAUUGUGGCCCUCUUCAUACUGGCCAGUGCGUACUCCCGCCAGCGCCGGCGCACCAAAGCCACGUUCCUCCUGUUUGCCACCUCACUGGUGGUCACAGAUUUUAUUGGCCAUGUGAUACCCGGUGCCCUGGUUCUCCGACUCUACCUCUCCGGAGGUGUGCACCCAGAGGACUUCAGCUCGUCUGAUAGGAUGUGUCAGUUCCUGGGGGGCAGCAUGGUGUUCUUUGGCCUGUGCCCGCUCUUCAUGGGCUGUGCCAUGGCUGCUGAGCGCUGCCUGGGUGUCACUAAGCCGCUGCUGCACUCAUCCCUGGUCACCAAAACCCGGACCAAGAUCUGCCUGUCCGUCAUCUGGCUGGCGGCUCUGUGCGUGGCCCUGCUGCCGUGCUUUCAGCUGGGCUCUUACACCUAUCAGGACCCAGGGACCUGGUGUUUCAUUAACGUGCUCAGUGACACUAAGGAGGUGGAUGUGGCGUUUGUGGUGCUGUUCUCCGGACUGGGUCUGACCUCGCUGGCUGCGGCGCUGGUGUGUAACACCGUCAGUGGACUGACGCUGGUGCUCGCUCGGCUCAGGAGGCAGCCCGGCUCCCAUCACUCAGCCAAGUCCCAUGACAUAGAGAUGGUGGUGCAGCUGGUCGGCAUCAUGGUCACCUCAUGUAUCUGCUGGAGCCCUCUGCUGAUCUUUGGCUUGAUGUCCGUGAUCCGCUCCUACAUGGGAUCUAUUGGAGAGGACCUGCCACACUAUGAAACUCUGAUGGUGACGGGCGUGAGGCUGGCCACGUGGAACCAGAUCCUCGACCCCUGGGUCUACAUCCUGCUGCGCCGCACCGUCCUCCGCAAGAUCUACCUCAUCGUUAAGUGCCAGGCAGGCCUGAGGGGGAAUAUGUUAGGCCGCUGGGAGCCCACCUCCUUUCCCAGCUCGGAGAAGAAUGAAGCCAACCAAGUCUGAGCUGCGAGAGAGGCGGAGACAGUACUUUGUACUAUGUCACAUGGUUUUUGAACAUAUGAGGAACUCUGCGUACAAAGACGCCUUGAAGGAGAGACCCACACUGAAGCAUGUGGAGGGAGCUAACUGCACGGCUGUGAUGAAGGAGCCGAUCACAUCAGACUUUUCAGCAUGACAUUUCCCGGCUGGUCCACUUGAGAAAUGUUUAAUGGAUUCAUUCGAAAUAUCUUCUUCAUACUCCGUCUUAAGUUUACCAGUGAGUUCAUCAUCUCACCAUACAAAUGGAAGCUAGCUAAUGCUAUGAUUUUGCACAAAAUGUCAUAAACUUUCUCCUGUUUACUUAUAAUAAGUAAACAUUCCUUAUUAUUACAUUCUCAUUUGUGGUGGCCACAGUAUAUGAAUGCAGUACUAACACACUCGGUCCUGAGAAGGUGUCCUAAGGUGUGCAGGGCUGAUACUUAUAAAGGGACUGAGUAUUAUUUGGUCUUAUGUCUCAGCAUCGUCCUCACCAGCUUUGAAAGGAAAAGAGAAAUUGCACAGUGACUUUUUCAUUAGAGAAACGUGGAAGAAUUGAGCUUUAUUGGUAUAACCACGAGAGGGAGCUCUAGACCAAAACCUGAAGUAUUUACAGUGUAUUUGUAAUGUUAAUUAUUCUGCUGAAUGUAUUUCAUAAAGGAAUGUUAAUAUCCAGAUACUGUGGAGUUUAUGUAUACGUUUAAAUAUGCUCCCCUUGUGUUUAUACAUUGCUUUAUGUGAAAUAGUGCAAGAGUUAUAAGUUAAUACUUGAAUUGUGCUCCUCAUUUUACCGAGGAUAUG